CCAUCUCGGCCAGGGCCGUUCAGUUCAGCUGCAUCCGUGCAUGGUCCGUGGCAGUAGCAAAAUAGUGUUCCACCGUGCGGCUGGGCUUUUUUGUUUGCACUCGAGGCGCAGUGUGCUGGCGUACGGACAGAUUUCGUAAAUAGGCGAAAAAAAAGGGGGGCGGGCCACGGUUUUAGGGGGCCGUCGCACGAUGCGAGAACGAACGCCGUCGCGGACGCUGUCGUUGGGCUGACGGUGAUUUGUUCGGUGAGAGCGGCUCUAUAUACGUGCGUAGAUUCGGUGGCAGCGGACGGUACGUUUUAGGUUAAAGCUGCACAACAAUGCGCUGCGUGAGAAACUCGUACGGUGAAAGUCUCUCCGACGGCGCGGGGCUGCUGCUUGGACAAGAAGGUUCCCGUGAUUUCGUCGGAUUUCGGCUGCCGGCCCUUCUCUGAGGCCCUAAGAACGCAGCCCCGGGGUCGCCUUUUUCCCCCGCAGCGUUCCCUUGUGUUGGUGCGCGUCCCGUGUCCGUGAACGUUCGCGAGCCCGAAAGAAAACGGCGAGAGCAAAAAUGUGCGGGCUCGGACGGCGACGAUCCCGCUGAGAUUUCGCCGCGAUUGGGUCCCGCCGACGCAUCCCGAGGACCGACGGACUCUUCGCGCCGACAGAAUGGAGGCUUAAUUGCUUCUUCCGCUGAAAGGUGACCAGGAGCCACGAACAUUCGAAUAACUGAACAUGGCAGAGGAUGAGGGUACAGAAUGGCUGCAGGAACUGUUGCACGAUGUCCAGCUGUCGCAGUUUUUCACAAGGAUACGGGAUGAGAUGCAGGUCACCCGACUGCACCAUUUCGAUUAUGUGCAACCGGAGGACCUUGAGAAGAUAGGGCUUGGGAAGCCAGGUAUCAGGAGGCUGCUGGACGCUGUUAAGAAAAAGAGGAACACACAAUGGAAGAAGAACCUGAUCACCAAGAUCAGGCCUGGCAGCAGUGCCAAAACUACCAAGAGGUCUUCCCAGCCGGUUGAAGGCUCUUCGGGUUUGACCUGUCUCAUACAAGACAAAGAUGUGACACUGUCUACCAAACUAGGCGACGGCAGCUUCGGCGUUGUCAGAAGAGGGGAAUGGACCUCCCCUACAGGUAGAGUGCUGCCAGUGGCUGUGAAGGUCCUUAAGGCAGAUGCUCUAACGCAACCCAGUGUAAUAGAGGAUUUUGUGUCCGAAGUCCAAUCCAUGCACACCUUGGAUCAUCACAAUCUGAUCAGACUAUACGGCGUAGUAUUGUCGCAGCCAAUGAUGAUGGUAACAGAGCUGGCACCUCUAGGGGCACUGUUGGACUAUCUGCGGAAACAGUGCGGCAGAAUUUCGGUGUUAACGUUGUGCAACUAUGCGCUGCAGGUUGCCACAGGGAUGGCAUACCUAGAGGCGAAGCGGUUCUUGCAUCGCGACCUGGCGUGCAGGAACGUGUUGUUGAGUUCCGCUGACAAGGUGAAAAUCGGCGACUUCGGCCUAAUGAGGGCCCUGCCCCAACAAGAGGACUGUUACGUGAUGACGGAGCACAAGAAAGUCCCGUUCCCAUGGUGCGCGCCGGAAUCAUUGAAGGCCCGUCAGUUCAGCCACGCGUCCGACGUUUGGAUGUUCGGUGUGACGUUGUGGGAGAUGUUGACGUUCGGCGAGGAGCCGUGGGUUGGGUUGAAUGGUUCGGAGAUCUUAAGAAAGAUUGACAAGGACGGGGAACGUCUGCACGAGCCGGAAGCAACGCCGCCAGUCAUGUACCAAUUAAUGUUGCGCUGCUGGGCCCGAGACCCGGCGGAAAGGCCCAUGUUCGCGACGCUGAAAACGUCGCUGACGGGGAUGGUGCCCUCCGUGAUGAAGGCGGUGAACAGCUUCGACGAGGCCAACAGGAUGACCAUCGAGCAAGGAGAUCAAAUAGUGAUUCUGGAUGGCCGGCCUGAGAACUACUGGUGGAAGGGCCAGAACCAGCGCACCUAUCAAAUCGGGCUCUUCCCUCGCUGCCUGGUGGACCCCAUGAGACGCAGGCAGCCAGAGGACAUAAGCAAGCCCUUAGAGAACUCCUUUAUCCACACCGGUCACGGUGCGCCCUUCGGGAAAAGCUGGGGAAGUCCAAUCUACAUAGACGACGUCUAUCUGCGCAACCCCAUGGAACCCCCUGAUGUGGUGGGCGUCGCCACUGCAGCGGACAGUCACUUGAAGAAGAAGUUCUUCAGCGGCACGCCCAGGUCGCGCAAACAGUUCAACUACACGAAGUUCCAAAACGACAUUCGAGCCAGCCCAGUGAAAUCGUCGAACUCCUUAGGCACAGCCGGUAGCCAGGAAGGUAGUCUCAUCGACCUCUCCCCAGAGGAGAUGAUAAACACCAGCGUCGCGCAAUCAGACACUGCCUGUCGGCGGGUAGUCAACAUCCUGGACGAACCUAUCGACGACAUGGAGCGACAGCAGACCAACUGGCAGGAGGACGACCCUAGGACCUACGCGAACUUCCCUGGGAACGUGGACCCCGCUUAUUCGGACCCCUUCGACACGUCCUCUGUGUUCAUGAAGCUGCCCCACUCGAGGUACUACAGCCAAGUGCCGCCGGAUAUGAGCAGCCGUUACUUCAAGACCCAGACCUACGGCAACGUGCAGAACCAGGACGCCUGUGGCAGCCAAGAAAGCGCGAACUACUUCACGUCGGAGGCGGGCUCGGACGUCAACCACUAUUCCAUAAACCUGAACAAAGAGAACAGAAACGAUAAUAUCAAUUUGAACGUGAACGUCGAUGCGGACGAGGGCAGCGUGUAUUCACAGAAUCACUACAGCGAGAUCGACAAACCCAGCCCGCCAAUGGCAAGCUGGUCAACCUGGCCCGAAGAUCUACAGAGCGAGGCGCAACAGACCUACGUGAAUGUCGCCACCCGCACCCAACAGGGCACCGAUGCACCUCCACCGCCGCCUGUCGGACCAAACGAAAGUUCCCCGAAGCCGAAAUCCAACCAUGACCUCGCGCAGAGUAUGAACGAGCUGUCCAUCAACACUCGCACCGUUUCCCCAAAGAAACUGGACCCAGCCUUUCUCGCGGAGCUGGAGAAGCAUCUGGGUGAGAAAGAGGCGAGUAAAAACAUGAACGCCAGCCAAGAGGUUGCGGGGCCGUCCGAGCCGUACUCCUCGGUGAACAAGCUGCAGGAGAACGCGAUCCCGACUCUGAGACCGCCGCCUCAGUCGACGAAGCCGAAGUCGCCGCAGAUCGACCACAGGACUAGCAAUCUACCGACCAAGGUGCAGAACUCCUGGCAGUCGAAGACGACGAACAUCCAGCAGCCGCGCGCGCAGCCCGAGCAAAGGAUGUUGGAGACUACGACUGACCAGAUGGUCGGCCAGAUCUGGCAGCAGGUGCAGGUGUCCCAGCAGAACGCGUACCCCGUUGAAACGAACGUGAACCGGGUGCUCUCGAACCCGCCAGCUAACCUGAACCUGCUGCAGAUAGCGCCCAGCAACCUGGGAAGCCAGUGCAACGUUCCCAAACCGAACAUCAACCACGCACAAGCCUCGCCGGCCGCGGGCCAGGCCAGCCACUUGCCCAGUCUUCCUGUGUCGACCUCCAGCCACGGGAUCACGCAGAUCCAGAACGACCUCCAACCGGUGCAGCCGAGCGGCGUGGUCCCGAAGCCGGCCAGCGCGGUGUUGUCGGAGCAGGUGUACGCGGAGCUGAAGCAGACGGUGCCGAAUCUGGACCAACUGUCCCAGAACGAGUUCAACACGCUGUACAACAAGACCGUCCAACAGAAUAUCCUCAGGAACUACUUCGCAGCGAGCACGUCGUCCGCCCCCGACGCCAGCAAUCUAAGUCAUAGUCAUUAUUCGGAGGCAGCUGCUGGCAGUUCGCAACAGCAAACCCCCAGAGCCACCCUGGCGAGGAGCUUCUCGGCCCAGCAGCAACAGCAGCAGCAGCAGCACCCCUGCGACUUCAGUCCGCAUCUGAAGCAGCCGCCGGUUUACAAUCCGCCCCCGCCGGCCUGGAGCCCCAUGAAAUCUGUCCAGAACGGGCUGCAGAGUCAGUGUCCCGUAAUCAAGUCCAAUUUGCCCGGCAAUCUGGCGAAUAGUCCCAAUUUGCUGCAGCUCGCGCACACCAGCGCGCCUCAGGAGAUUCCCAUGGUGCCGCAACAAGCCCCCACGGUGCGCGCCGCGAUCCCGCAGAUGAAAGAGACCGUUGUUAAUACUCAAUUAGCCCCAUCCACCUCCGCGUACCCCUCCGGCAUCAGCCCCCCACUAACCGGCCCGUCCCAGCAGCUGGUGAUGUCUCUGAACGACGAAUUCCGCGCCAGCAAAGUGAUGAAGGUGCAGAGGGAGACCUGCGACGCCUCCCAGCAGGAGAUACUCACGGCGUUGCAGGCCACCGGCUGGGACACCAACCAGGCCGCCAAGCAGAUCCUCAAGGACAGGCAGGCCAAGGUGGAGUCCUUGGUUAGAUUGGGACUGGCGGGCAGACAGGAGUGCGAGGGUGCUCUGAAGAGGACCGAAUACGACGUGGACCUGGCAGCGUCCCUGUUGCUGGACCAGGUUAGAUGAGACCGAUUGUGAAGCGGGGACGUCGCUGUUACUGGACACACUGUAAAAUAACUGUAGCGUCGACACGUAUAGAACUCUAUAUUUAUAAGCGGCAGCUAUACACGCGCGCGCAAACGAGGCUACGGUUACGAAGCAAGGACGUUGUAUCUUUAUUUUCUUCUUUCGACGACGAUGUACAUAGAACGUUAACGGCACGAACACCGGCCCGUCACGAUUCUCGCGGAGCUUCGCAAAAACCUGGGGCACCCGGUUGCGUUCCCUUCUGGCUCUCUACAAAUCGGCGAGCUUCACCGAGAAUCGGGACGGCACGGUCGGCCAAGAAUUGUCGCGAGUCGAGAUAGUCGACCGUCGAAGCAAAAAUUCGAUUUCAGAAGCGCCUGUAAAAUAAAAUAGCGAAAAAAAAGUUGCAUUCCAGAGAACGACCGCCAGCUUUUCCGUAGCGAAUCGUCGCGUGUACGAGCGUGCGCGAUGCGUCGCUUUCUAGCCGGCGUGCGAUGCGUUUUUCGAGCGUGUAGGAGUAGGGGGGUGGGUGUCGAAAAUUUCCAGAGAGAUUGUUCGUAUUAUUUUUUUAACGCGUCGUAUUAUACUCUGUCGUUGCGUGUGUUGUCCGAGCGAGAAAAAAAGAAAACAAACGAAUUGACAGUUUCUUCUGCCGUUUUAUCAUGUUCCAGGCCGCGGUGAACAAAACUUUUCAUUCAUUUCCGGUGUACAGAGACGGCUGACACGUCUUGUGGCGCGAGUACCGUAACAGUAUUCCAUUUAAAUUGUAAGCGAGCCUCGGCGGCGGAUCCGGGGCCCCGCGCGGCCCGUUCUCUGACGUUUCAUACAUAUUCGAAUGCCUCUUCGAAAAUUUGACGAACAUCGAUGAUCCGCCGUCGACGGACGAGAAAUAGGAUCGACGAUCGGAGAGCGUCUUCCUGGGAUCGUAACGAAAGGCAAACGCUGUGAAAUUCGUUCGCGCAAAUGAAACUUUAGGAAUGUGCUAUCGCCCAACGACCGGAACCUGUCGAUAAUUACGCGGCCGUAAUUAGGGCCUGCGUGACCGGAAACGAAACGGGUCACAACGAGGAUUCGCUCCUCCGCGUGAUCCCACUUCGCUCUGGCCACGCGGUUUCGAUUCUCGUGAAAGUAAAAGUCUGAUCGACGACCGACGUCCGAACUCUGCCGGUCGAAAGAUUCUACGAACACACACAUACAUAUAUGUAUACACAUGUGACACACACACACACCUAUACACACACACGUCAUUCAUUUUCGAUAAUUAGAGAUAAUAUGUUUUUUAGCUGUUUUGGUUCGUACGUUCCUCAGGGUGGAAAUUUGUCCAGUUUCUGUUCUUCUGUGAAAAUGUUUUCGCGUUGUCAGACGUGCUCCGUUCGAAUGUGUACGCGAGAACGAGACGGUUCGUUGAUUCGACGCUAGAAUUACGAGAAGGGUGGAAGAAAAUGUUUCCGUGGGAAUUUAUUUUCUAGAUUAUUUAUUACGCAUCGUACAACGCCAAGUCAAUUGAAAUCUGUAGCGAACCCGUUCUCAAAGCGAAUUAUGGUAGAUUCGAAUUCGGGUGGCUCAAACUGCUCGGUACAGUAAAGUCUCUCUAAUCGACGCUCGGAUUGCGCACGAAAAUGGA